GUCCUGAGUCAAUAAAGUUAUAGCGAAAUGGUCGCUGAGUGAUGACGUAUUACAGGAGCCAAUGAACGCUAUGGCAUCUCAUGCUAGUGAGCUUGAAAUCGCCAAAAAGAAUUUAACUGAUGCGAUUGGUGAAAACGUGAAACAUUACUGGGCAAACCUGAAACUAUGGUUCAAACAGAAGAUAAGCAAGGAAGAAUUUGAUACUGAGGCACGCCGUCUGCUGGCACAAGAAAACGUCCAUGUUCACAAUGACUUCCUCCUGGCAAUCCUGACACGCUGCCAGAUCAUUGUCUCCACUCCUGAGGGCGCUGGCCAACUGCAAUGGCAAGGUGGGUCUGCUUUAAAGCCAGGCAAACCUAAAGGAAAAAAGAAAUGCUCUUCAAGACAGAAGUUUGAUCAUCGUUUCCAGCCUCAGAAUCCUCUGAGUGCCGCGCAGCCAUUUAGCCCACGUGAGGCGGUCGGUGAGGAUGAGGAGCUCCGACUCAGCGCCCAUACUUUGCUUUUACCCACACGAGGUCAACUGGAGGCUCGCAUGAUGGUGACAGCCUUCGAGUUGGGCCUCGAUAAUAUCACAGAAGAUGCGGUCAGUGUAAUGACCUUCGCUGUGGAGCACCAUUUGAAAGACGUUUUGACUGCUGUGAUUUCCCGAAGGAAAGCGUAUCGCUUACGAGAUGGUCAUUUUCCUUACGCUUUUGGCAGUGAUGUCACACCGCAGCCUUACCUGAAAAACAGCCUUGCUGCCUAUCACAGCGUCACUGAAUGCCCCCUUCCAAGUGCUUCUCUCCCUGCCGGCCCACCUCCUCAAAUCUCCCCAGAUGAAGCAGAACAGCAAGCUGUUCACUUGUUGGCUUGUUCUACCCACAGUCUAAACACAGCCCUACCCCCUGUCACCAUGUUUGACCUCCUGGAGGCUCUCCAGGUUCAUCAUGGAGUGAUGCCCUCUCACACCAUGUAUGCGCUUAACAUGGAGCGCAUCCUGUCUCGACUAUGGCACCCCAGUCAUGAAGAACUCGAACAGGAUCACGUACACCGGCAGCGACUUGCUGCCAAAGAUGGUGUGCUGAUCAGCUGAAAGCAGCACAAUCCAUGAAUACAGUGUUCAGUGGAAACAAACUUAAUUCUCUGGUGGAAACGCGUGGGAUUUACAGUAAUGUGUCCAGAUGCUGACUCACGUGCUUGAAAUCUGCACUUCUGUUGCACAGAAAGAGGAUCAAUGACCCAAGAUGAAACAACAAUCAUCUUAGUAUUGACAGAUUUCUUGGCUGCCAAUUGUUACCUGGAGCUGUGGUUCUGUUCUAAGGGUUUAGUUUAAGUUUAGUGUUAAAUUUUAGAAUUUAGCACCAGCUUGAACACUCCUUCUGAGAAGGAAUAAUGUUUCCCACUCAUUUAAUAGUGAUUUCAGAUAAAGGUAUUAAUCACUCAGUGAAAAAAAUGAAACUUUUGUUUGAGGUCUUUUGUGGGUCAUUCCGGAAACGGUGAACAUUUGGGCUUCAAAAUCAUUUAAAACAAAAGUUCACUUCAAUUAUUCUGCUCUAUAUCCUUUAACAAUAGGAAAUAAACUAUCAAAUUUUCAUUUGCUUAGCUUACAGAACAAUUUUUGAUAUAUUUUUUUUUUUACAUUUUAUAAUUUCAUUACUUGCUACUUUUUAAUCACAGUAAAAUGGUUGCAAAUCUAAUGUUACCGUUUUCUCAGGAAUAGGAAAAACAAUGUUUAUGUAGUUGUUGCGCAUGGGGCAUUCAAUCAAGGCUCAACUAUGUCAUAGAAAUAUGAAAAAAAAACUACAAUUUGUUUUACCCAUUCUUUUAGAAAAAAAACUUGUGGUAAGCGAAUGUUUCGGGACAAGUAAAUUUACUCAGGGAACGCAUGUUUUAGUUUUUGUGUAGAUUAUUUAAAAUUCGAAAGGUGAGAUGGAAAAAUGUUCUCCAAAUCGGAAAUGAACUUAGUGAUGUUUUGUUCAAGUACAUAAAGUGUAUUUUGGAGGGAAAAAAAUACGUGGCCAAAGUUGUAUAAGUUGAAAGUAAAAUAAAAGUGUUGCAUAAAAAGAAUGAUAAGACAUUCACGUGCCAACGUCAAUGAACUCAAACCACAGUUCAAACGAUCCAUUAAAGACCUUCCACUUAAAUGCAGUCCAAAAAAAUUGUGUGGGAGUGCGAGUCCGAAAUGGGAACAUACUCUUCUUAUUUCUCUGCCUCUUAAUGCAUGUUUGGUUUUCUGAAAAUACUGUAUAUACAGUUUGAUUGAAGUGAGCUUGUUGGCGGUCCUGUCUGUGCAAGUUAUUCAUUUGUUGUUUAUAUUUUUACACGCAGGGAGUAAAACAUUUUCUGUUUACAUGUUUUGGGCAAUUAAAUGAUGGAUUUUUCUUGCAUUAAUGU